CACAUAGCAACGUUUACAUUGUGUCAAAAUGGCGGUGGACUUGGUCGAGGAAUAUGAGUUGGAAAAAAUACGUUCCGAAAUUAAUCAGGAACGGCAAAUGAAGGAAAUGCUAGAGCAGUCUGCUGAAGAAUUAAAAACAACAGUUGAAGAAUUAGAAAAAAGAUUUGAUGCUAUUGAAAAUGAAGAUGAAUAUAGUGAAUUUGCAUCUGGAAAUGAAUGGAAAACACGUUUUGAAACACAGACCGAAAUGAACCAACAAUUAGAGCGGCAGAUCUUGAUGUUAGAAAAUAAGGUUGAAGAAUCCAAGAAAAAUCUAAGAGAUGUAGGUAAAUCACCACAGGGUGGUAAGUUAUUAGAAGAUUUAGCUGAUGCUAAUCCGCAGAUGGUCAAAGCUUUAGAGAAAGAUAAAAUGAGUUUGAUGAAUCAAAUUAGAGAUUUAGAAUGGAGACUUGAUCAAGAAUCAAAGGCUUACCAUCGAGCUAAUGAUGAAAGGAAACAAUAUGUUAUAGAAAUUAAUUCUACGAAGGGCAGUAUCUAUCACCUACAGAGACAGAGGGCAGCAGGUGAUGCAACAUAUAGAACACCAAGAGAACAAGGGGGGAAUAUACCAGACGAUCAAAGAAUUUUAGAUCCAAAGAAAGGCCCAAUCAGAAAAACAGCUGGUGUGAAGAAUCUGCCCAGCUUAGAUCAUAUUUGAUCAUUGAGAUAUGAUUGACACAUCAGCCAACCAAUCAAAAGCCAUGUUAUUCUAGUGAUAUAAUCAAGUCCGUCCUGUAUUAGUUUGCACCAAUCGGUAUUCUCAUUUCAAACAGCAUUUAAAUGAGUAUUAACCUUGCUUAUGUAUUAAUAUUUCUACAGUUUAUAGAUAUUACUAUCGAGGAAAUAACUCCAUAAGGGUAUAUUUAAAGAUACAUUAUGUAAGAGCUAAAUCUGCCUAUUGCAGGGCUUUCUUUUGACUUCAAAUGUUAUAUAAACUAUUAUUUAGACAUCUAUUCACAUAACAACAAGCCUAUAAUCAACUCUUCAGACCAUCGAAUGGCCAAGAUUUAAACGAUUUGAAACAUGAUCACCAUUUAAUUUAAAUUAAAAAUGGGGGCUCGAGGCUGAACAAGUACUGUUGCUACGAUGAUAAACAAUCUAUGCCAUAUCUUGUCAAAACUUCAAACAGUGAUAACUUUGCUGAGAAUAGAGUAAUUUGAAUGAAAUUUUCAAUAUAUUCAUUUUGCAUUAUCUUUUUUUGGAACUAUUAUAGCAAGAACGGCCAGCUCUUACCUAAAUCUUACACAAUGUAUCUUUAAAUGAACUUGAUAUAAUGUUGUAAAUAUAUCUGCCGAGGGAAUAUAUCCAUGAGAGUAUUUUUUAACAAUAUUUAACUUAAACUAACUAGAUAAUUUGUAAAUAAAAAAAUACUUGUGCCAUGAUAUCAGUUGCCAUCAGGAUUCAGUGGAUAAAAUCAGAGUGAUUUGUUAUCAAUGACCAUUUGUUGUAAUAAGCGAGGUCAGAUGUAUAAAGCAAUACGAUUGGUUUACUUCAUGCAUUCUUUCUUUGCCUGUGAUAAAACUACGCAAUUUAUGGAAAACUAUAUGUCAAAAUUACCAUAGCUACUACUUGUUAAAAAUAUUAUUCUAUUUCUGUACAGUUAUCUUUCACAAAUCCCAAAAACUGUUUUAAGUAGUAAGAUAUCAAAGAGACUUUGAUGUUUGAAAACCAGUGGUCGUAUUUCACAAAACAUGUAAGACAUAUUAUGUAUAUAAAGUGAACAUUUCAAUAUACAACUUUAUUGAUUUUAUGUUUACCUAACUUAAAUAUUUUGUGAAAUGGUUCCCUGGGCCUUUUUUAAAAAAGAAAAAAAAAAUAGAUGCCUUAUCAUGGUUUGGAUAGACGUGCUAUAAUUUCAGUUUUUUUGUAAUUUUUGAUAUGACAAUCAUCAACAUCCCUGGUGUCUUAACCACAAAAACUUGAAUCUCUUUAUUAAUUGAUAUACUAAAUAAAUUAAAAUCUUACACAGAAUGGCAGUCAACAUUAUACGGAAACAGACCACUGAUUUUCCAGAAUGGCACUGCACAAUGGAAACAAUUCACUGAUUUCCAGAAUGGCACUCCACAAUGGAAACUGUUCACUGAAUGGCAGUCCAUGACGGAAACAGAUCACAUAUUUCCAGAAUGGCAGUUCAUGAUGGAAACAGUUCACUAAUUUCGAGAAUGGCAGUCCGCAAUGGAAGCAAAACAUUAUCAGUUGCAACCAAAAAUUAUUAAAGAUAUUUGAGUUUUUGUGAAUAGAGAACCUGAUCACAUUGGGUAAUUCAAGUUAACAUCGACAUGUUCAAUGCAUACAAUAUAUAGUAUUUACCGGUACUGUAUUGACGUAUACAAUAUAGUACUUAUAUAAUGGGUAUAUACAAUAUAGGAAUUAUUUAUUACAUCAUUGUAUAUGUAUACUAUAUAUAGUAAUUAUUUAUAGUACCAUUCAGUGUAUAGGAUAUAUUAUUGAUUGUAUCAAUGGAUACAAUAAAGUAUUUAUUUAUUUAAGGUAUUUAUUAAAAUAUUCAUAUUUUAUCUGUAAACAACACCUAUAUUUGUAUAUAAAUAUAUUUUAAUAAUUCACUUAUAAAAACCUUUUUCUAUUGUUAAUACAUUAAUAUAAUAUUUCUUUAACUUUCUCCAAUUACUUAUAUGAUAAAAGAAUAUACCAUGUUGUAUUUAAAUAUGAAAAACAAACUCUACUGCUAAGGCUCAUUGAUAAUCGGUUCUAGCUUCAAACUGAAUCUUUUACAAUUGAUGGUUAAACUGUUGCAACACUACUUAGCCGUACCAGUUAUGAUUGAGAAAUCUACGGCUAUUUAUAAGUACAGCCGUCACUUAGUGAUAACCACCGGUAUACUUAAGAGAAAAUCAGAAUAACGCUUUAAAUAUUGUAUACAUCAUUGGGGUUUUCAGAGCUUUGUUCUGCUAAUUAAAGGUACAAUAGAACAUUAGUUAUCACCAAGUUUCUAAAAGAUAAUUUGCUCUGUGAUAUCUUUAACAGUAAGUUAGUUCUUUUCCAGUUUUGCUGAUAAAUAGUGAUAUUUGAGGAGAAAACCAGAUGUGAUUGUGGGUUGAGUUAUUUUUGUUGUAAUACAUACUAAUAGAUGAUAUUUAUUAUUGUGGUGCAAGUCCUAUUGCCGGUUUAAUAUGUGAUUAAUUAUUGUGUUUAUUGAUAUCGUUUAUUAGCUGAUUUGUUACGAAUAAGGUUGUUUGCUAUCCAAUCAUGCUAAAAGGCCCAAAAAUCAUUUUUGUGGUCCUAAAUUAUGGAUGCUUAUUUUUAUGAUUUGAAAUAAAUUAUGCUUUUUUUCACAUAAGGAUCAGUGGUGUAGUAAGGGUUCUCCAUGCCAAGGGGCAAAGACACUUUUUGUGUCCCAACACAAAUAGUCAUAAUUUUGACCUAUUUGACUUUGAAAACCUUUAAAUUGCAUAAUUGUAAUUAUUUUAAAAUAGUAUAGGACUUAGCUCAGAGGAAAAUGUUCGGCCUUCAUACCUGCUUAAGUGGGCAACUUCUCCACCCUGCUACAACUGUGUUACCAUUGCUUUUAUAUGCUUUUAUUUAAUGGUUAUAUAUUACUGUUUUUUAUGCUCCCAAACUGUGAUAAAUUGUUCAAAUUUUAAAAUUAACACUGUUUUCAAAAGGAAAAAUUGAUGUUCACAUUUCACAAACUGAUAAAUUGGUCAAAUUUUUAACAUGGACACUAUUUGAAAAAGAAAAAUUAAAUUUCAAAGAUAUAUUUGUUUGUUAAAGUCACAGCUGGUUGUUUAAAAGUUUAAAAUUUUAAAUGUUGAUAUCAAAAGUUAAUGUUGAUUAUUUUCUGAUUUGUUGAUUUUUGUUUUUUGCACAAUUACUAUUUUAUAAAAGAAAUCUUUUUUUUUUACAAUAAUAUACAUAUUAUAUAUUAUAAAUUAUUCUUAAACAAUAUAUAAAGAUAUAAAAAUUCA